AUGCUUGUUUCCAAAUUCUAUUCCAAUUUGGGUAAUGCGCCACCUGAUGUAGAUCGCGAAGGAGUAUUUGUGUUUGUUCGAGGUGAGUUUGUUGAGUUCUCUCCACGGUGCAUCACUCGGUUCUUUGGACGUCCAGAGCUGACUCUGGCUGAAGCAGAAGCUGCUGAUAGAGCUAAGCGAGUAACGAUGCCCACCAUUGCAAAGUACCUACGGGGAAGGAGCACCAAGACUGAUUCAGUUCUGACAACUGCUGAAUUACCUCCGAAGUAUGCAGCACUUGCAACACUUGCGUGCUACAAUUGGAUUCCCACGCAUCACAAAGUCCAUGUGGCUAAGGAACGAGCUCGACUGAUCUACAAUAUGUGUCAUCAGGUUCCUGUGGACUUUGGGAAGUUGGUGUAUGAUCAAGUUAUGAAGCUGAAAAGUGAUUCUGAUUCUCUUAUUAAUCCCAAGUUCUAUCACAAGGAUGUAAGGAGUGGACGCAAGGCUCUCAACCAUGAGAAGAUUGGUACAAAAGCUGGUGCAAAAAUCAAAGAAGUUGCCUCGAGUAAGAAGAGGGUUCAGAACGUGGAGAGUCAGCCUGAGCCAAGAAAGAGAGUCAAGUCAGCACCACCUGCUUCAUCUUAUGCUCCGACUACACCUGCUGCAACGAUCAAUGUCUCCCUUGGUCAUAUCAGUGUGCCUCAAGGACACUCCAGCCAACGGGUUGUCAACAAGGCUUUGUAUCAGACACAGGGGUUCUGUAUCAACUGUCUGGAAUAG